UAGCCAUAGCCUAUCCUGCAGCUAAGCUCGUCCCCGUCUAUCAAACAACUUGCUCUUUGGUGCAAUCACAAAUCGAUAGAUAUCCUUCUCAUGUUAACUCCAACUGUAUGUACAAAUAUACAUGUAUCUGUGGGAGCAGUUACAUUGGAAGCACAUAAAGAAAGGCAUGUCUACAAUUUUCUGAACAUGUACCAAACAGCUUAUGUUUAUGCCAUCGCCAGGCAUCUCCCUGACACAGAUCAUGAGGUGGAUGUCGAAAAGUCGUCGAAAAUGAUCAAUAGGCAAAAAUGCCCAAUUCUCCUCAAGUUUGCUGAAGCCAUUUCCAUCAAGCGCCUGAAACCUGAUUUAUGCGUCCAGAAAGAACAGGUUAUCAGUCUUUCUUUGCACUGGUAACUGGCUAUUUUCAUCUCUCUUUCAUCUGAAUGCGUAAUCCUGAAAAGUUUCCAUUGUGUAUGAUUAUCAUUUUUCGGAAUAGUGCUUAUAUAUAUAUAUAUAUAUAUA